GGAGACGCGCGCUCCUGCUCGGCUGAGGUUGGUGUGAGCUUUAGGGCGAUAUGACAAGUAAUAAAACACACGUUCGGGAUUAAAACGCACAAACGGGAGGUGGCGAGUCUUGAGGUCUGUUGAUUUAGUUUCUUUAGUUUGUUUCCGUCCGCGCGUUGGGACCGUUAACGCACGCGGUGAUCAUCAGAAUCGGCUGGUGAUGAGUUUAGCGAUGGAGAGCCGAGUCGCGCGCCGCUGUAAGGUUGUAGUUGUGGGAGACUCGCGCUGUGGGAAAACUGCGCUGCUGCACGUGUUCGCUAAGGACUCGUAUCCAGAGAGCUACGUGCCGACCGUAUUUGAGAACUACACGGCGAGCUUUGAGAUUGACAAACGCCGCAUCGAGCUCAACAUGUGGGACACAUCAGGCUCUGUCUAUUAUGACAAUGUUCGUCCAUUGGCUUAUCCUGACUCGGAUGCAGUUCUUAUCUGCUUUGAUAUCAGCAGACCAGAGACACUGGACAAUGUGUUAAAAAAGUGGCAAACUGAAACUCAGGAGUACUGUCCCAAUGCAAAGGUAGUGUUAGUGGGCUGUAAGAUGGACAUGAGGACGGACCUGAACACACUACGAGAGCUGUCCAAAUUCAGACUGAUCCCAGUCACACAUGAACAGGGAACUUCUCUGGCACGGCAGAUCGGCGCCGCAGCCUACGCUGAGUGCACGUCCAAAAACUCAGAGGACAGCGUGCGGGACGUUUUCCAUGUCGCGACUGUAACGUCCGUCGGUUACGACACCCAGCAGCUGAAGCGCUCCGGAUCGCGGCGAGGUCUUAAACGCUCUUCCCAGAAUCCUCAGCGCUCCGAGAUCCUAGAGCGACGCAAAGACCGCGCUAAGAGCUGCACACUGAUGUAGGAGUCAUGACCCCGAGAUGUCACCUUCUACAACAUGAACACUUUAUAUUUUCUGUUUGUUUUUUUUAGCACUAAAUUUGAUAUCGAUAUCUGAGGUGGAAGUUACAGACGUCUCGAGCAGAUCUAUUUAUUAACUUUAUUUUUUUAACGCUUAAUUCUUUGGCAUCACAGAAUAGCAUGUUGGUGAUAAAAUCACAACAUUUUAUACACGUGUAUAAAAAAUACUUUUUUUUUUAAUAUAUUACCAUUAAUUCAAUAUAUUUAUUAACUUUUUAUUAAAGGAAUGUGAAAGGUUUGCAUUUGUUUUCACUUAGAUACAUUUAGAGAUAUUUGUUUAGUUCUCUGAAGUAGUCGUAAACAUGCAGGAGGCAAAGACUUCACUGAUUUAAAAAAAUUAUUAUCUGGUUUCCUCCCCCGGUCCAAAGACAUGCAUGGUAGGUUGAUUGGCAUCUCUGGAAAAUUGCCUGUAGUGUGUGAUUGCGUGAGUGAAUGAGAGUGUGCGUGUGCCCUGCGAUGGGUUGGCACUCCGUCCAUGGUGUAUCCUGCCUUGAUGCCCGAUGACGCCUGAGAUAGGCACAGGCUCGAGGUAGUUCGGAUAAGCGGUUGAAAAUGAAUGAAUGAAUGAAUUGGUAUUAUUUUUUUUGGAUGGGAUAAGUGGAUGGGUUUGAGACACAAAGGGAAAGAAACUUAUCAAAACCCUGGAGUUAAUCUCCUUAUCUCCUGAAUUGUUGGAGUAAAGAAGAAGCGUUGCUAUUUCCUGUAUGUUUGGUGGCUUCCUGCAGGCUCCCAACGCCUGAUUCUAUGUGAGAGAUGAUUCCCUCUUUUGUUGUUUAUACUAUAUUAGUUUGUUGCUUAAUGAAACGUAUGAGCUUGAGACAGAAGAUGCACUUUAUUUUUUUAUUUGAUUUUUUUAUUCCUCUUUAGAUCACAGGGUUAUUGUUUUACUGUUGGGUUUUUCCUUCACAGAGACGUGGGCUGGAGAUAUUGAUAUUUUACAGAUGACAUCAAAGUAUAAAAAUCUAAAUGGAACCGAUUUCAAGGUCAUAAUGACCGGCACAUGAUUGGGCAAAGGUUAUUUGUCUGUGAUGUAACUUUAUAUAAGGAGUUUGUGUGUGAUCUCAUUUCCUGUUUUUCUGUUGAGGAGAGAGACAGACAUAAAGGGCAAAAAGACAAGAAUUAGCUGAGGCAUUUAAAAUGAAAUGACACAGCAGAGGAAGACACACGGUCAGGGCUAUGAUGUUAUUUCUUGUCUGUUUUUAGAAAACCUCCAUUUUGAACAUCACAGUGAUCAUGGCACUAAAUAAACACAAAGGUGGCAUGAAAACAUGAUGGAACAGCAUAUAAAUUUUUGUUUGUGGAUGUUGUAAAAUUUUAUUAAAUAAAAAUAAAUAAAACUGAGCAGAACGAA